AGGCAUCCAUUAUUUGUGCAAAAAAUAAUCCUUGAGUUAUUUGUGUCACAAGAAGUCGUAGUGCAGUGAGAGACUGGGAGCGCCCGUAUUUGAAUGCAGGCAGAACCUUUAUGAUGCUGCAAGUACACCGUGAUCCAGUAUGAGCUGGAGAAACACCAUUCUCAAGUGAAUUUAUGAGAUUGACUCCAAGAAACAUCAGAAAACAUCGACUCUUUAUAGUGUGUCUUUCUAAUCAAACUCCAAGAUGCCUUCAGCCAUCUCUCAGUCACCAGAGUAUCUCAGCUUCAGAAGUUCAGUGCCUCAGAAAAGGGUGGUAGUGGAUGAUGAUGCUGAUAAAUACUGGACAAUGUAUGAUGCUGGUCCAAGGAAUGUCAGAUGCCCGUUGAUCUGUCUCCCUCCAGUCAGCGGCACAGCUGAUGUAUACUUCAAACAGAUUCUUGGCCUCACCGCCAAAGGAUACAGGGUCAUAGGGUUGGAAUUUCCUGUACAUUGGACGGUUCAGGAGUUUUGUGAAAGCUUCAGGAAGUUGUUGGAUCAUAUGCAUUUAGACAAGGUUCAUAUUUUUGGUUCAUCGCUUGGUGGCUAUCUUUGCCAGAAGUUUGCAGAGUAUACAUUCCGUAGUCAGAGAGUAGCCUCCCUCAUUCUUUGCAACACAUUCACUGACACAGAGAUAUUCCAACAAAGCAUGGCUGCAUCGUCGUUUUGGAUGAUUCCCGGUUUUCUACUCAAGAAGAUGGUAUUGUCAAGCUUCAACAAAUCCCUGAUGGAGCCUCAGAUAGCAGACUCUAUAGAUUUCAUGGUGGAAAAGCUUGAUAGUUUGAGGCAGCAGGAGCUUGCUAGUCGACUCACCCUCAACUGUCUCAGUUCUUACGUUGAACCACAAAAACUCAGAGGGGUUGAUGUCACAAUCGUAGAUGUAUACGAUGACUGUGCCUUAACACAAGAAGUGCGUGAUGACAUGUACAAGUGCUACCCUGAAGGACGGAGGGCCCAUAUGAAGUAUGGAGGAAACUUUCCUUACCUCUGUGCCAGCGAUGAAGUCAAUCUACAUCUUGAGAUUCAUUUGAGAAGGUUUCUUGAUAGCCGUUUCAGCGCAAGAGAUCAUACCAUUAAGGAACCUAAGCCUGAGUUAGCCUCGGAGGCUGCAUCCACAUCUCAGAACAACGCGGGGUCAAGCGGUGAAGCGGAAGCCUCUGAAAUGUGAACAUGACUUGCUGAAGUGUAUUUGAUUUUGAAGAACUGAAGCAAGUGUGUUCAUAUUAAUUUUAGCUGGUUAGUGAGCAGCAGUCAAGGAAAUUUAAACAUGCCUCCUUUAUACUUUAUAGAAGAACGUCUUUUUUGCACGAAGAGAGAAUCAGUUUUCUAGUGCAGAAGGCAUGGCAACUUCCAAGAGACUGAAGUUCUUUGUAGUUCAUAAGUGAAUUCAAGUCUUAAAAUCAAAGUCUUAAACCUACUCAUGCAGACUCUAACACACUGUUGACAGCAAUAUUUCAGCUGUUAUGAGGAGAAAGACAAUCAUUAAAUCUUCCUACAUGAUUGGAUGAGGUCAGCCGGAAACCAUGAAUGAUUUGAGAGUUGAUAAUCAAUAAAGAAUCUAUUUUGACUAGUCAUAUCUUCAUUAUGGAUUAUGGAUGAAUUGUCUUUCUGUGUUUAAUGUUGUGAUGACAUAAUGUUCAAUCAAAAAUUUAUGCCACAACAUUCAUACAUUUUCUAUUAACAGUCGUAACUACAAUUUACAGUGUACAUCUAAACUUGAAAUAUUAUACAUGAUGAUCAUUAGAACCUUGACAUUUGUUUUGCUAUAGCAGAAAUGUAUUAUUAUUGUAAUACAUCUUUGAAUUGAAAAUAUGCAAUGAAAAGUUCAAGGUCCAUGCAUAUUUUUAGGAUUGUGUUGUUGGCUAAGUAAUCUAUUGUCUUCAUUUCCCAUUUGCUGGAAUACUACCGGGGAAUGGGUAUUGUGCAUACACUGUAUGCAGGCAAGCCAGAACCUAAUGAUUAGAGCACAUCUGGAAUGUAUUUUCAUGCAUUGUUUUUUUUUUAUAAAUGUCAUUUUCUUUUAAAUCAACAUCUUCUUCUCUCUAAUCAAAAUUGAGAUCAUUAGAGACCCCCUCUUUGAUGUUUCUUUUGAAACAAACUCUACUUUACUACUGUCCACUUUCUGUAAUAUACAUAUAUAGUUCGAGUAUGAGCAAGGAAAGUUCAUUUUUGUAAUAAUGAAGAUUGUAAAGUUGCUACUGAUAUGAUUUAAGUUGUGUGCAAUGAAAAGUUGAGAGAAUGGGCAAGUACGGUGGGAUGUUAUUUUUGUAUGUGAUUGAAAAAAAAAGGAAUUCUUCAGAAUGAUUGGUAGAGUAUUAUUUAUAUGUAUAAAUCAUACUCAUAGAUAAGAUAUACAUGAAUAAGGAAUUCUCCAGAGCGAUUGGUAGAGUAUUGUUUAUAUGUAUAAAUCAUAUUCAUAGAUGAGAUAUAAAUGUAUAAAAUUUGAUAUACAACUGUUAGAUGAGGGAAUUUUGGAAACCUGGCUAAAGCUUUGUUAAAGGGUCAUUGUAAUAAUGUGAAAUAUAACUUGAGGAUUUCAUCGACUUUCUAAUCAUAAACAAGUGUAGUGGCCAUUGCAUCUUUUUUUCUGCUAUUAGAAUUGAAAUUUGGCAUUGCUUCAUUUCCAGCACCCUCUUUCUGCAAUGUUUCUAAUAUUCUUUAUUGAAAAAAAGUACAGUAUUUGACCACCUUUUUUACACAUCUAGCAAAUGGACAUCGGGAAGCUGCAAACAGUGAUGAAAUCCUGGGAUUUUCAGCCCAUUUCAUGCAUUGGAAUAGGUUUUAUAUCAAAAAAGUAAAAAAAAAAAUGCAGCUAUUUUAUUUUGAUGUUUGAAAAUCAUUUGUGAUUUCAUUCUUUUGCAUUGGAAUCAGUAAACAUGCUUUAUCCGUAUUGUGCUGCACUCGACCCAGAUGAGGUACAUGGGUACCCAGUAAAUUCCUUGAAAUGUGUGUGCGCUGCUAGUAAAAGUGGCUGCAAAGCUAAAACUAGGGUUAUAAUAUCCAAGUCCUUUGGAAAGGCAUAGAGACAUUACAUGUAUAUUCAUAAUGUGAUAUGCGCUAUACAAGAACGGUUUAUUAUUAGGAGUAGUAGUAUUAUCAGUAAAUAUGCUUUAUGUUUUUGAACCGUGAUCCUUAAUUCGCUUUUUUUUGUCUGCCUUAAAAUCACUGCAUUAGAAUUACCACAUGUCAAGUGACCUUAAUAUGAAGAUAGAUCUGGUUAAAAAAAAAAACUUUCAUGUCCAGUGUGUGUUUGAUGAACGACUUUCGAAUCAGAUUUGAUGAUUUUUGUAAUUGGAUUUAAUUUGUAAAUGUAUGCUCAUAUUUGCAUUUGUAUGUUAUAUAUAUUAUUUUGUUUACUGCUUGGGCAUGCCCAUUCCAAGGAUAAUAUUCCUUAAAGCAUAUGUUCACCUUUUUGCUGAAACUUCAUUUAUAUUCAUAUGUUAGAGAAAAACUGAGAAUCAUUAAUAAUAGAUUUUGAAUUACAUUUAUACAACAAAGAUAGUAAGUAUUAUAUAUGUUGUAAAUAGUCAAAUAUUAUAUGUUAUAAAUUUCCAUAUAUCAGUACGUAGUAUGAAUGUUUGAUAUCCCCCAUGGAUCUGAAAUGCAAGAGUACUUUGUGUUUAUGAUCUAAAGUUGUAGGAUUGUAUCACUUACACCAUGAAAUGGUAUUAUUGCUAUUUUGUUCAGCCCUGCUUGGUUUUAAUCUCAUUGUCCAGGGCUCCAUAUUUGUCUUAUUAAUCGUAUUUUCCUCCUUAAUAGUAUCUAAGGCAAUUUUUCAUGGGGCAUUUUCUUCUUAAGUACCGGGUAUUGUUAAAAUAUAG